AUGACAACCCCAUCCCCCGACCAAAUAAAAACCCUCGAACAAUCCCGCCAACGCCUCGUCCAACUCACCCACUCGCUGGGCUCCCUAAUCACAAGUCUAAACCAGUCCGACCCAUUACCAUCAUGGCCCUCCCUCCAAUCCCAAGCAAGCAUCAUCUCCUCAAACCUCCAAUCCCUAUCCACGCAACUCUCCGAGAACCACGACCUGCUGCGAAGUAUAUCCGCGUACCCAUCGCCCGACUUCCCAACCCGCACGCAAGGGAAUAUCCUCGAGCAGCUGCUGCGCACGAAGCUUGAUCCCAGGGUUGAGGAUUGGGUUGCGCGCGGUCGGAAGGCGGAUAUUGUUUCGCCGCCCUUCACUCCUGGGACUACUGGGGUGGGUAUGGUUGAUGACGGGAAUGGGAACGGGGGUGGACUGAGCGAGGGAGAUUUGGCGGCGUUAUGGGAGUGGGCGCCCGUUGAGGCGAACUCGGAGGCGAGGAAGAGGAAUUGGGGAGGGAAUUUUACAUUGGAAGAGAGGGAGCGCGGGGUGCAGGAUGUUGCGGCAGAGUUGGGGUUGCGGAGGGUUUUGGAGGAUGAUGAGGAGAGUGAGGAAGAGGACGAGGAGGAUGAGAUGGAUCUUGGUGGGUUUGGGAAGUCGGAGGAUGCUGGGGGUGACAAUGCGGUUGGUGUGGCUGGGGACCAGGCGCCUGCUUCGCCGUUGGUACCGAUGGAUGAGAUUCUACGGUAUAUGACUACGGGUGUACUGCCAGCACUGCGGUGA